UCGGGGACACCGGGGUCAGAGGCUCGGGGGCAGCUGUCCUGUGCGCCCGGGGUGUCAAGGUCCUGCCUCGGAUACUGCUCCAUGUGGCCGCGGUGGGUGGACGGUGGGUCGGACGGUCCAUCCUGCUGCCUGUUGUUCAGCCGCUCCGCCAAUGAGAGGCCGGCUGCCGCUCAGUCCCGGUCCAAUGAGAGCGGCCGGGUCUGGAGUCGGAUCGGGAGUUGGGUUGUUCAAUCUGAGCGGAGGACAACAAGCUGCUCGCCCCGAGUGAACCGGAUGGAUGUUAGCGAUGAACCUUCCCGUCGUGGCUGGUGGUGACUGUGGUCAUGGGUGAUGAAGCAGGAUAAUGCUGUUGAGCUUUCUACAGAAACCUGAUCAAGCAAGCUACAUUUACAACUGUGCACGCUUGUGUAAGUCUGAUCGUCUCUUUCGUUCCUCAGACGCAAACUGACAAUCACAUAUUAAUGAGUGGCUGCUUGGCUUCAGGACGUGUGUCCUAUCACUGAGGCCACAUGUGCAUCUGGAGAGAUGGAUCGGUGUAAGCACGUGGGACGCCUUCGUCUGGGCCAGGACCACUCUGUCCUCAAUCCACAGAAAUGGCACUGUGUGGACUGCAGCACCACAGAUUCCGUGUGGGCCUGCCUCAAGUGCCCCCACGUGGCCUGUGGACGUUUCAUGGAGGAGCACUCGCUCAAACACUUUCAGGAGUCACAACACCCACUGGCUAUGGAGGUACGUGAGCUGGAUGUCUUCUGCUUUGCGUGUGGAGACUAUGUACUCAAUGAUAACGCAGAAGGAGACCUCAAGCUCCUCAGAGGGGCACUCUCCACUGUCCGGAGCCCAGGCAGACGCUCGCUCCGUUCCUCGACUGGUAGGGAGUGCACCACCUGGGUUAGGGAUGGUGGGCCACAGCCUGCCAUGCAGCUGGCCCUGCGUCACAGGAGGAAAGCUCUGCUUGGAAAGAUGUUCCGAAUGUGGAUCAGCAAAAAUCAUGAGCUGCAGAAUCAACGCCAGAAGACACUGGAAGAAGCUAGGAGACAAAAGCAAGAGGUCAAAAGGAGACUCAUGGAAGAGCUUGGCAAUGUACCUCCCAGAAAGAGUGCUAGGCUUCUUACUCAGGUGCCACGCUCAAUGAUCACACUCAUUCCAAGCAAAUUCCGCGACCCUCCGGAACGCCUACCUCCCCCCCCAAAGAAGCCUUCCAUUCUAACCCUGUCCCGCAAGGCUCCUCGGAAUGGCAGAGCUGCCAAACUGAGGAGGUACUACUCCACACAUGCGGUAACCCGUCGGAGACCUGCUCCAGGAGUCACUGGUCUGCGCAACUUGGGGAACACAUGCUAUAUGAACUCAAUAUUGCAAGUGCUGAGCCACCUGCAGAAAUUCAGGGAGUGUUUUCUUACUUUGGACCUGUGUGAGACUGAGGAGUUGCUGGCAAAGACAAAUAGCUCCCAGGGGAUGAAGGGGGUCACAGGAGGAGGGGUAGUCAGCAGUGUGAACACAGAGCUGCCAGGAGCCCCCCCUGGACACAUGGGGAAGGCAGACAGUUUGAAUUUGCCUGUGGGCGAAAAAGAAAGCGCUCCACCUUCAGCGCCGGCCGCAGAGUUGGUCCAGCCCAAAGAGCCUCGGUGCUCCACCCGCCAGCAGAUGUCUCUGUGCCAUGAGUUGCAUACACUUUUCAGGGUCAUGUGGUCCGGCCGGUGGUCUUUGGUAUCUCCCUUCGCCAUGCUGCACUCCGUGUGGAACCUCAUCCCAGCUUUCCGGGGGUAUGACCAGCAGGACGCCCAGGAGUUCCUGUGUGAGCUGCUGGACAAGGUGCAGCAGGAGCUGGACACAGACGGGUCCAAACGCAGGAUAGUUAUUCCCAUCAACAAGAGGAAACUGUCCAAGCAAGUGCUGAAGGUCCUGAACACCAUCUUUCAUGGACAGCUACUCAGCCAGGUGACGUGUCUGUCCUGUAAGCACAAGUCCAACACAGUUGAGCCAUUCUGGGAUCUGUCUUUGGAAUUUCCAGAGCGAUAUCACAGCGUAGACAAAGGCUCAGGCUCGACAGCUUACCAGCGCAGCUGCACCCUCACAGAGAUGCUGUCCAAGUUUACAGAGAUGGAGGCUCUUGAAGGCAGCAUCUACGCCUGCAACCACUGCAACAAAAGAAGAAGGAAAUCAUCCCGCAAACCCUUAGUACUGUCAGAGGCACGUAAGCAGCUUCUGAUCUACCGCUUACCUCAGGUUCUACGGCUGCACCUCAAACGCUUCAGAUGGUCAGGGCGGAACCAUAGGGAGAAAAUCGGCGUCCAUGUGGCCUUCGACCAGGUUCUGAACAUCAAACCUUACUGCUGCACCGGCUCAGGUCACUCCGUCCACAGAGGAGGUUACACCUACGAUCUGUCUGCUGUAGUCAUGCAUCAUGGUAAAGGCUUCGGCUCAGGGCACUACACCGCGUACUGCUACAACACAGAAGGAGGUUUUUGGGUCCACUGUAAUGACUCUGAGAUGAAGGUUUGCAGUGUGGAGGAGGUGUGCAACACUCAGGCCUAUAUUCUCUUCUAUACCCAGAGGUCUGCCUAGGUACCUCUCGCUGUGAUGUCGACCUGCACGUGGUAACUUAGGGCUGCAUUUAUGAAAAUGUCGUCCUACUCAUCCCUACCUUCCCAGAUGUCAUUUAACAAUCACCUGAAAACGACUUACUAAAAAAAGAUAGCAAUGAGGGCAGUAGGACAAACACAAUCAUGAGCCGAGGUGAAAAUGUUAGCAGCAUAAUCCACAGGAGGAAUAAUGGUACAUACGAUGAAAUAUGACAUUUCCCUGGAAAGAUUUGGAUACUGUUUUCAUUCCUAAAAAAGACAAGAAAAUAAAUCAAAACCUUUUCAUAAAUGCAGCGAUGGGUUUCUCCAACUGUGGGACCAGCAUAUUGGUUUAUGGCCUGAAGACUGUGGGAGCAGGUCCGACUCUGUCCUGCUGAACACCAAGUUGUGUGUCCGUGUUUUUAAAAACGAUCAGGCUCAUGUCUGUUGAGUCUGGGAACAACCAGGCGCUCUCCUGAGACAGCAUUUUACAUCCAGAGGCAACACACAUUCUGGGGUUUAGAGCAUUUUCUCACUAUAAUGUCAACAACGUGCAUUUUAAUUUCAACUGAACAUUUGAUCUUGAUGCACCAAAAAUGAUGGGAUACAUCUUUCAACAUCAUUGCAUAGUGCCACUUGAAUAGAGGGAAACUAAAGUCCAGACUCUGUGCUGCCUCAUGUUCAGCUUUUUUAAUUAAUGUGAAAUGUCAGUUAGGAAAAUGUUUUAAUACUCAUCAUGUCAUUUGUCUUUCACCGUGUCCGCUCCUCACUCGUACUGCUGUGACUGGAUACUGUGUCUAGGGCCAGAGGCCUCGUUUUUUUUUUUUUUUUUAGUUUGUUUCGUAGUCAUUCUAUGUUUCGCUUCCACGGAAAAUAAAAUGUAUGAGCUUCAGACACUUGAUUGAAUUGAUUGGAGAUGAGCGAUGGAAAGCUGCACUUUUGAGGAGGGGCUAUCACUGUUGGUCCUAUCUCUGUGAUUGUUCAUGUUUUAGCUCCUGUAACUUCUUUACAAACGGCAGCUCCCCCCUGUGGUUUGACGGUUAGACGAGUCUGAGCCCAGGUCGGAGAGUCUUUUAACGGCAGGACCUGGAAAAUGAGAUGAGGGCGUGGGCUGAUACUGAAGAAUGUGUUUCUGGGAGAUUUGGGGGGGUAUCCUCUUUUUGAGUUGAGCACCUGAAAGCAAUAUAUUGUACAUCUUGCAUCUUGAUAGGAAAUUAAGAUCAAAUCAGGAAUUCUUCUGCUUGUUAUACAAUGUUUUUUUUCUACUCUGCUGUUUCUAUCAAGGUCUUUAGAAUUUGCUAGGUAAUCAAGAAAAACUGUUGUGUUUGAUACGAGUCAAAUGCAAAUGACGUUUGUGAACUCUAUGUAAAAGUUGGAACAAUCUAAUGACGAUGAAUGUCUUACUUUUUAGCGGUCAGUGAGGCCAUGCCACUGGCUCUGAUCCCCUUGAGUUCUGUCUUGUACUGUAAGAAUACCUGUCAUAAAUGUAAUGGUCAUAUGGGUUUUGCCUGACAGUAAUUAUUAAAAAAGACAAAACAAUUUUG